AGUUGCAAAAUAAACGUUCUGCUGAACGCAGCCACUGUAGAGAUUUAUUACCGAAUAUACACUUAAUUUGUCCUGAGACGACUGCUAUAGAAUAGCGAACAGCUUUUGGACGCUCCUUUGUAUUAUGAUAGAGUGGAGGUAAAACGCUAGCUUUUCUUCGCUGCAUAAAAUGGCACCUUAAAGAGAAGAAGAAAAUCUUGCAGAUCUCGAGUAACCUCGAGAUUAUUCGAUUAUUCGAAGAAAGAAUAUAUGUUUCAGCACUAUUGUAUAACCUAAAAUGGAGCAGACUAUGCCAUUUUUUUUAACAGUCGCGCAACGUAUAUUCAGUAAUUGGACAGCAUUAAAAUUGGCAGUAGAACAUGAUAUGGGUUCAGUAGAAUGUGCAAGAGAAUUUUGUUCAUAUAUGACGGAAGUAUUAUAUAUAAAUGAAGGACUGAUCAGUAGUGAGAUUGCAUCUGUACUAGAUGAUUAUAUGGAUGAUCAAUUUAACACAGAAGUACAGGACGAUAGCAUUAUGCAAGUAGCAGAGGAAUUGUUAAGAUUUCGUCGAUAUUGCAUGGAAGGCAAUGAAUCUAUAGCAAAAACAGAAUUUGAAAAAUUACCACCAUUGCAGUCAUGGUUGUACACAGAACAACCAUCUCAACCUAUUAGUUCUCAGCCAGUGAAACAUCAACCUAGCAGUUCAAACGAGAAUAUGGACAUAGAUAGGAAUGAACAAGAGAAUGAUGAAUGGACAGUAAUCACAAACAGGAGAAAAAAAUAACUUCUAAGUUCUUUUUAUAUGAAAGAUAUUUUUAUUUAGCUAUUUUUUGUGUGUAUAUAAAAGAAUGAAAAGACCCGAAAGGAGAGGCAGACAGGCACAUAACAUUAUAACAUAAUAUGCGCACAUUCGUUCCACAAUCAUACGAAUUUUAGCGCUAUUAUCAAUUAUCUACAAAAAUAUUUUCACCUAAGCAGCC